AUGUUAUUUGACCCUUACGAUGCCAAAUCCGAAGUUCUAGGUUGCCGAACGGACGAUCCCAAACCAGUGUCAACCCUUCAGAUCGUUUCUAUGUCCAUCCUAAGUCUCUUGGUUGCCCUUACGAUAGUAGCUACACUUGUCGAGUGGCUAUUCGUUCGGGUGUCAGAGAAAAAUGACGGACCAAUCAAGACCGGAAAGUGCACUGAGAUGCUGCUGUUCUUCUCAGCAAUCACCAACACGCGUCGUUUGCUGAAAACAGAGUGCAGAGCGGGGGCAGAGGCUCUUCAGUUCAUAGGAGGCGUCAAGGUCCUCCUUACUUUCUGGGUAGUGGCUGCACACACGUACAUCAUCGUCCAACCAGAGUUUGUGCGGAAUUUACUGGCGUUCGAGGCAACCCUUGACCAACUGCACUUCCAGUUCAUCGUCAACGCAUUCCUCAGUGUUACGACAUUUUUAUUUCUCAGUGGGUUUGUUACAGCAUAUCUGUCCGUCUCCUCUGGCGCAACUUACCCGAAGCGAAAUGUCUUCUUCAUCUGGGGAGCAGGAACCCUGCUUAGAUAUUUCAGGUUGACGUGGCCUGUGGUGGUAACCGUACUGGUGGCGUUCUUGAUGCCCCUUGCCGCGGACGGACCUGCCGACCAAGAAUUGUUCUUGAAGCAGAUCCAGGCGUGCGCCGACGGCUGGUGGACGGUACUCACCUACAUCAACAAUUUCAAUGCUGUCGACAAAAUGGACAGAAACACGGAACAGCUCAUGUUUCAUGCCUGCAGCACCUGUGGUAUGUGA